CCAAGUUCUGUGGAGACCCUGGUACCCCAGCCAAGGGGAAAAGAGAAGGACGAAGUUUAAUCUACAAGUCAGAGGUUACCUUCAGCUGUAGCGCCCCCUAUGUCCUGGUGGGGUCAACUACACGCAUCUGUCAGGACGACAGCGCCUGGAGCGGCUCUCAGCCACGAUGCAUAGAACCAUCCAGGACGACGUGUGAGAACCCAGGAACACCUGAACACGGCUCCAUGAACAUCAGCCUGGGGUUCAAGGUGGGCAGUAAGGUGGAGUUCCAGUGCCAGCAGGGCCACCUACUCCAGGGUUCCACCACCCGACUCUGCCUGUCUGACCUCACCUGGAGCGGAUCUCAGCCAACAUGCAUCCCCCAUUCGUGUAAGCAGCCCAAGUCCCCUCCCAAUGCAGACGUGGUUGGGAUGGAGCUGGCUCCGUAUGGCUACACCCUGCUCUACUCCUGCCAGCCUGGCUUCAUCCUGUCCGGGGGGUCAGAACACAGGGUCUGCAGGUCUGAUGGGAGCUGGACCGGUAAGGUCCCCAUCUGCAGAGUGGGCUCCAAACAGACGGAGAAACCUACCGCAACCUUACAGGGAACGCCAAGCCCCAACAUACAAGUCCCCGAUGACGUCUUCGCCCCUCACUUCAUCUGGAGAGGCUCCUAUGAUUACAAGGGUCAGAAACAUCCGAUGUCUUUGACCGUCACUCGUUUUAAUAGCAGCACGGGAAUAGUGAACGCCACGCUAAACCACAGCAACGUGGAAUUCCUGCUCUCUGGAGUGUAUAAGAACCACGAGGCCAGGUUAAUGCUCCUGCUGUACCACAUGAAAGCCCUGGCCCACAGCACGUAUAGCCGGGUUACCGAGGAGACCUGGGCUAUGGAUGGUUUUGUCUCAGCUGAACCUGACGGGGGCAGUUAUGUAUUCCAAGGCUUCAUACAGGGGAAAGACUAUGGACAGUUCGGGCUGCAGAGACUAGGUAUGAAGGUGAGAGAGAUCAACAUCACCACUGCAGGUCCUCCCCAUGUCUCCAAAAGCAGCUCUAUGGUCAUAGCCAUCCUGGUACCUUUCUUUGGCCUCGUGUUGGCAGGCCUGGGAUUCUAUCUCUACAAACAACGGAAAACGGAUCAGACCCAGUACACCGGCUGUUCAGUCCACGAGAACAGCAACGGCCAGGCGACAUAUGAGAACCCCAUGUACGACACCAACACCAAGUCUGCGGAGGGGAAAGUGGUUCGCUUCGACCCCAACCUCAACACCGUAUGCACUGUGGUUUGAAGAUGUGUGCCAAACGCACCGGGGUUUGACGAUGCUUUUGCCGAACAGGAAAAGCUUGUUCAGAAAUGCAUCACUGGUUUGAUGCUACACUGUACUGUGGUUUAUUGAUGCUGUCUGACGAACCGAAUUGCCCGAGAGUUCUUUUGGUAAAAAAAAAAAAAAUGGAUGUCUUGUCUUUUAUAAUAUCUCUCUGCAACAAGUUUCUGAAGACGGCACAGCACAGCCUCGGGAAACAGGAAGGCAAAGCACACCUUCAGGAACAACAGUUGUGCGUGUUGUGGAUGAUGGACGGGGUGAGUCAGCAAGCAGAAUGAGACGGUCUUCUUUUUCAAAUACAUCUUCACCUGAUGGGUGAAGUUAUUCCUAACUGCACUCUGAGAGUGAUGCUAUGUGAAUAAUGCUGUUCCCGACAUGUUGGUACACAAGAGUUGUUUACGCUCCAGUCAACGCAAACAAUGGAGCGUCGUUAAGGCAACAGUCAACGCAAACAAUGGAGCGUCGUUAAGGCAACAGUCAACGCAAACAAUGGAGCGUCGUUAAGGCAACAGUCAACGCAAACAAUGGAGCUUCGUUAAGGCAACCAAAUGGAACCCUAGUCUUUUCCGGAUGGAAGUUAUCAGACCUGGGUUCAAAUACUAUUCAAAUUCCUUUAGCCUUUUGCUCUAGUCUGCCCCAGAGGGGUGGAGUGGGUUGGUCCUUUUGCGAUUAUUCUAUUUGGUUCAAUUGCGACAAGUAAGCUCAAUAAAUCCCAAAUACUGUAAAAUAUUUUAAAUGUAUUCGAUCGAUUGA